CUGAAGAGUUUGACUUUAACAUAAACAUUUAUGCCCGCGCCAAUAGAAUUGCCCAUAAGCUUGAACCGAGGGUUCUGAAGUUCAGCCAGCAUUUCUCCUUUAACUACUGCAAGACUUUCAUCGGAUAGGUCCUCGUCCAUGCUGCAGUGAUAGGCAGGGGAGAGCUCCUUGGUCUCCGGAACUAGCGGGCAGAUCCCGCUCCUACGUCUUUAGCUGCGCAUUUUGGAGGCACUAGGCGAGGUCUGUUAUCAUGGACCAGGAUGCUAAGAUUCAGCAAUAUGUGCUGCUGGCGAAGGGCCUCCGCGGGCGAGGCCUGACGGACCUCAUCGCUAAGGCAACCGGGGACCCCGCUGUGUUUGGCUUCGGCGAGCUGUUGGAUGUGCAAAGCGUAAAGGAGCUGCAAGGAACCGACCUGGCGUCCCACAAUGCGCUCCUACAACUCUUCGCAUACGGCACGUGGUCCGACUACCAGGCCAACGCGUCCAGCCUGCCGCCGCUGAGCGAGGCGCAGGCGCUCAAGCUCAAGCAGCUGACGGUGGCGUCCCUGGCCGCGUCGGAGAAGGUGCUGCCAUACAGCCAGUUGCAGUCCGCGGUGUCCAUCAGCGGUGUGCGCGAGCUGGAGGACUUCCUCAUCAACCACUGCUUCUACGCCGGAGUCAUCACGGCCGGCAAGCUGGACCAGAAGCAGGCCUGCCUGCAGGUGCACGACGUGAUCGGUCGGGACGUGCGGCGUGAGGACCUGCCGCAGAUCACACAGCGCAUGGCGUGCUGGAUCGCGGCGGGUGAUGAGCUGCUCCGCGCCAUCGAGGCGCGGGUCAACUACGCGACCGCCACAGCCGACGCGGCGCGGCAACACCGGGAGGAGCUGGACGCGCGCAUUGAGGAGGCCAAGCGCAACAUCAAGGCCGAGGCGCGCGCCAACGACGCGCUGAUGGACGAGGGGCUCAUGAUGGGCGGCUUGGACAUGAUGGACGAGGACCGCGUGGGCACAGCCGGACUGGGGCUGGGGCCGGGCGAGCGCGAGGAGCGCAUGAUGAUCAUGGGGCCGGGCGGCGCGCGCGGAGAGCGGGCGCCGGGGCGGCCCAAGAGCAGGCGGAGGUAACUGGGCAGCAGUGCUGAGGAGGCACGCAGACUCGCGAGAAGGAAGGUUGUGGGCGGCGCAGAGCGCUGCGUUGCACCCGCGCAUGUGGGCGUGGGAGCUGCUGGGUGCGGCGCCUAGGCAUCUGGGAUGGACGGGUAGGCGCUUGCUUGGAUUUGUGAGCGCCGGGGUGGCUGGUUUUGUUUAUGGCUGGCCGGCUGGUUGGAACCCGGAAAGGCAGGUUGAGAGUGGCAAGCUGUUGCUGCGAGCGAGGGGGAGCGCGCAGUCACCGGUAGUGCGCAGCCUGCGGCAGUUGUUGAGUAGGCGAAGCAGGCUGAAUACGCAGGAGUGAGGCAGGGGCCACAGGAGUGCAGCUUGAGACAAGGGGCUAAAGGACUGCAGGGCUGGAAUGCCCCCACUACACACGUUCACGAUUCUGCUCCUGAACCUGCUGGGUGUGUGCGUACCGUGGCGAUUGUGUUUAUUGGCACGUGUGGGUCAGGGCACACAUCGCACGGUACUGGUGCCGCCAUGACGGUCGCCGCACGACAGCUGCUUUAAUUCCAUGAAUGUACGCAAACCUGGGACUAA